AUGGAAGAAGCCACUGGAGACCGGACCGUAUGCAUAACCCUCCAUCCAGGGUUUGACAGCGUCUGCUUAAACCGCCACGUAUUAGAAGUGGCUGCACUGGGCCUAAAAACGCGAGCUGGAAAGUCGUACACAACUGUUCGUGGGCAAAGCAACAAAAGUGAUAAUGAGUAAGUUGGGGUAUUGUUGACUUUGUAUCGGAACGAUCGAACCUUACAUAGCAUUGAAUAAUUGAUACAUCUAAGCUUAUCACCGUGGACUGAUCUCAUAGAAUCACAUUUUUUAUUUUCUAAAUGGCUUUAUUGCCCCAACUGCUUAUUUUUAAAAGGAGUAUCCAAUCCAAUCCCUCCUUGAAUUAACAGUGAUCUCAUUUCUCUAACUAGAUUCCUGAGGUCUGUGGCCUAUCGCCAAUUUACAAGACUGCUGUGGAGUUAUAUUGGUAGUUCCAGGCGAUACCCCUUGCCCUGUUGUGCCUACAAUAAAAUCACGAAACAAUUUCCCAGUCAAAAUGGCCAUUAUCGUGGAUUCGAAGAUGAAGAAAAUGAAUAA